CAAAGCAAACCCGGCCCCCUCUCUCCCCUGCAGUGUACCACUGGGCGGAGAUGCGGACCAAGAUGAGCAUCAUGGGUUUCCACGCUGAGGCCAUCAAGCCUCUGAAUGAGGAGGCGGCCGCUGAGCUGGGCGCAAACCUGCUGGGCGAGGCCAUCAUCUUCGCCUGUGCUGGCAGCUGUCUGCUGCUGGAAUUCUGGCGCCAGCAGUCAUUAAAACACCGCAAGGAAGUGGAGCGCACAGCCUCGCUGCAGUCGCUAAGGGCAGACAUGGACCGCCUGGAGCAGGCACUGGACGAGCUGCAGGUUCAGGCGGCACUGUCCACCAGCGCGCUGGACGAGCUGCGGGCGGAGUUUCGGACUGAGCUGCAGGAGCUCAGAACCCAUAUAUCUGCUAGGAGCCCGAGCCCGAGCCCAAACCCCAACACCCCCCAAUGCUCCUGAGGAAGAGAGGCCACAGGACUCUGGCCUUGGACCUGGACUGCUGUCUGGGCUUGUCUCGUGACUGGCCUCUCAGCAUCGGCCCAUCCCGAACUGGGCCAGCUGACAUACCCUGGUCUCCGGGGACAAAUCCUAGGCUGGGAGUGUUCCUUUCCACGGGGUCUCUCACCCCCUAGUGACACAUGCCAGGGACCCUAGUGACACAUGCCAGGGACUCAUCUCCCCAACCCCAAACCAUCAGCGCCUGAGUGUCCUACUUGGAAAGGAAGGGAACAGCGUGUUGGGGAGCCACCUAAGAACCCUUUACACGGGAACACCCCCUGCCUUGGUGUCCCGACCCCCGUCUCCGUCCAUCUACCUCACUUCUUAGGGAGAGGCUCCCGGGCGGGUGUCUACCCUGCCCUGCGAUGCUAAGUCGUUUGGGCUUUGCCUUUCCUCGAUUGAACCCUCUGUAGUCGUAGCGCUCCCCACUCGCUGGCUGGGAGCAGCGUCCUCAGGUCUUGGUUAGACAAGAACGAGUUCUUCUGCCUGCCUCAGUUCCAUGCCUGUCUCCAUUCGACCCCUUGGUUUCCUGCCCCCCCACCCCCUCAUGCCUGCCCUUUUACUGGCCUUUCGUAAGGAACCACCUGCACUCUUUAACAUGUGGGCCACUGGCACAGCUCCAUCUGCAAGCACCCCCACUUCUGUUUCAUAGCGUUCUCAGGGACCGCCCUCCCUCCCAGCCUUUGGACUUCUAGGUCAAAAGGCCACUUGAGGAGGAAUGGCCUCUCCUCUGUCCAUUCUGGAACAUUCCAGAAGACCAAUCCCCCUCCUAACCCACCGGUCCAACCCACCGGGCCAUGAAGCCCAGGAGCUGUAGUUCAUUUUUUAAGACUUUAAAUGUUUUAUAAUUAAAGGAGCCUUAAUGUUAAAGAGUGUAUCUCAAACCGUCUUGUACUGAGUGGGCAAAAGUGUCCUUCCUCCCGGUGAGCGAAGAACCGUGGGAGGGGAUGUCUAGGGGUGAGGGGGCAUGCAUCUUCCGAGACUUUCCCGGUGAAGACACCAAUCCAGGGUUAGCAUGUAAGACCUAAGGGCCACACAGCUCCCCCAACCCACCGCAGAAUGAAGGAAGCAGGCUAGACCACAGACCACCGAGGGGAGGGUGGGGCAGUGCUGGCCAGAACCAGACACAGAAAGCACAGGGCAGUGGAAUUCUUGCAAGGGUCCCCACAGCCGCACCUUCUCCCAAAUCACUUCAGAAACCUUCGCAUUUAUAAAAACCGCACAUUUACUCAGCGAGGGCCCGUGUCCAAGAAGCUAAGGUGUGGAAGUCGGAGGACCUGUAUUCUCCUCUUCUCCCCCUCACUUCAUCUUCCUGGAGGGUAAAAAUGGUCUGGACCCGAAAUCCUAACCCAAAUUAAAAAAAAAACAAAAA